AUGUCUGCUGCUGAGGCCAAGAACGACGGCGACCGCGUCAAGAACAACGAGAAGAAGGAGGACAAGCUCGCCGACGAGUACGGCGCGCCCGAUGUCUACAUUGAUGGCGAAAAGGACACCUGCUGGUACCACUGGACCGGCAGCAUCUAUGUCAAGAUGUACCGCAUGGAGAACCGCGCGGGCACGUACGUGAUUGCGCUCAAGACCGACCCGCACGCCGAGCUGGGCAAGCACCGCCACCGCGGCAUGGUCAAGGCGUACACCAUCAAGGGCAACUGGGGAUACCAUGAGUACUCCUGGGAGGGCAAGCCGGGCGACUAUGUCACCGAGAUGCCCGGCACGAUCCACACGCUCUACAUGGGCGCCGGCUCCGAGGUCAUCUUCGACGUCACUGGCUCCAUUGAGUUCUACAACGACGACAACACCCUCCGUGAGAUCAUGGACGGCUUCAGCUUCUGGAGAAUGUACGUAGAACAUUGCGAGGCGAACGGCCUCAAGGUCAACACGGGAUUGUACUACUAG